AUGGAAGAAGACGGGGAAGUUGUGUCAAAUGACACUGCCGGAGCUGAAGACCGGGCAGUGGAACCUUCAGGCACUUCCGAAUCGCAUUCCGCCCGGCAACCUUCUGUGCCUGUCCCUUCCACCACUGCUUGUCCGAUCAAUCCGAAAAAAAGAAUCAUCUCCCAAUUGUCCGAAAUUUGUGGUGAUGGCGACUUUUCCUCCACAUCACCUAGUCGGGAGCCAAAGUUUGAUCUGAAAGUUGACUCGGCCGUUUCAGAUUUGGAGCAACCGGAUGGUAGUGCUGCUUCCACCGAUUCUGUGGACUCGUCAAAGAAGCUGUCUCAGCCUCAGUUGGAUGGUUCACCAGGAUCAGCUGACUGUUGCUCCACACCU